AAGCUCCGAAAUAGGACAGAUCUGCGGAGGGCUGAGACGCUCUGAAGCUACCCGCGGGAGGGGCGCAACCGUGGCGUACCGGGCUCUCCCCAGCCACCUCAACUGGGCCCUCCCCUGCAAAGCUCCAUUUGACAGAUGGGAAAAUUGAGGCUCCGAGGCCAAUUGAUCCUCAAGGUCACACAGCAAGGAAGCAGCAGAGAGUCAGGGGUCGGUCGGGGAGCCUCCUACGGGAACGUAGCUCGAGUCCAGCCCGCCGGCGCCGACGGCCAUGGCAAGCACCUUGGACCUGGACAAGGGCUGCACUGUGGAGGAGCUGCUCCGCGGCUGCAUCGAAGCCUUCGAUGACUCGGGGAAGGUGCGGGACCCGCAGCUGGUGCGUAUGUUCCUCAUGAUGCACCCCUGGUACAUCCCCUCCUCUCAGCUGGCCGCCAAGCUGCUCCAAAUCUACCAACAAUCCCGGAAGGACAACUCCAGUUCCCUGCAGGUGAAAACAUGUCACCUGGUCAGGUACUGGAUCUCAGCAUUCCCAGCGGAGUUCGACUUGAACCCUGAGCUGGCUGAGCAGAUCAAGGAGCUUAAGGCUCUGCUAGACCAAGAAGGGAACCGCCGACACAGCAGCCUCAUCGACAUUGACAGCGUCCCCACCUACAAGUGGAAGCGGCAGGUGACCCAGAGGAACCCCGUGGGACAGAAAAAACGCAAGAUGUCCCUGUUGUUUGACCAUCUGGAACCCUUGGAGCUGGCGGAGCAUCUCACCUACUUGGAGUAUCGCUCCUUCUGCAAGAUCCUGUUCCAGGAUUAUCACAGCUUCGUGACGCACGGCUGCACAGUGGACAAUCCCGUCCUGGAGCGAUUCAUCUCCCUCUUCAACAGUGUCUCGCAGUGGGUCCAACUUAUGAUUCUUAGCAAGCCCACAGCCCCACAGCGGGCGCUGGUCAUCACACACUUCGUCCAUGUGGCAGAGAAGCUGCUGCAGCUGCAGAACUUCAACACGCUGAUGGCCGUGGUCGGCGGCCUGAGCCACAGCUCCAUCUCACGCCUCAAGGAGACCCACAGCCACGUUAGCUCUGAGACCAUCAAGCUCUGGGAAGGUCUCACAGAACUAGUGACAGCCACAGGCAACUACAGCAACUACCGGCGCCGGCUGGCAGCCUGUGUGGGCUUCCGUUUCCCUAUCCUGGGUGUGCACCUCAAGGACCUCGUGGCCUUGCAGCUGGCCCUGCCUGACUGGCUGGACCCUGCCCGGACUCGGCUCAACGGGGCCAAGAUGAAGCAGCUCUUCAGUAUCCUGGAGGAGCUGGCUAUGGUGACCAGCCUGCGGCCACCUGUGCAGGCCAACCCCGACCUGCUGAGCCUGCUCACGGUGUCCCUGGAUCAGUAUCAGACGGAAGAUGAACUGUACCAGCUAUCCCUGCAGCGGGAGCCACGCUCCAAGUCCUCGCCAACCAGUCCAACCAGCUGUACCCCACCUCCCCGACCCCUGGUGCUGGAGGAGUGGACCUCAGCCGCCAAGCCCAAGCUGGACCAGGCCAUUGUGGCAGAGCACAUCGAGAAGAUGGUGGAGUCUGUGUUCCGGAACUUUGAUGUUGAUGGGGACGGCCACAUCUCACAGGAAGAGUUCCAGAUCAUACGGGGCAACUUCCCUUAUCUCAGCGCCUUUGGGGACCUGGACCAGAACCAGGAUGGCUGCAUCAGCCGGGAGGAGAUGAUCUCCUACUUCCUACGCUCCAGCUCGGUGCUCGGUGGCCGAAUGGGGUUCCUUCACAACUUCCAGGAGAGCAAUUCCUUACGCCCAGUCGCAUGCCGCCACUGCAAAGCCCUGAUUCUGGGCAUCUAUAAGCAGGGCCUCAAAUGCCGAGCCUGUGGUGUGAACUGCCACAAGCAGUGCAAGGACCGCCUGUCUGUGGAGUGUCGCCGCAGGGCCCAGAGUGUGAGUCUGGACGGCUCGGCUCCAUCACCUUCACCUACCCACUCCCACCACCGGGCCUUCAGCUUCUCCCUGCCUCGCCCAGGCAGGCGCAGCUCCCGGCCCCCAGAGAUCCGAGAGGAAGAGGUGCAGGCGGUGGAGGACGGAGUGUUUGACAUCCACUUGUAAGAGAUGCUACGACUGACCAAGGACUCUUUCCUGCCUGGGAGAAGACACUUGGAGCACAGCAAGGAGCUGGGGUUCCUGGGGCAAGAGGCUGGGGCUGGGGGCGGGUGUUAGGGCAGCAUGUGAUGAGGUCAUGGCCAG